AUGGACAGGGGUAAGGGUGCUGCGACUGAUACCUCUGGUGGUAUGAGAGAGUUUUGCAAAUGGACUGAGGACAUGGAUGCAAAACUUUUGCAUUCUAUGAUUGAGGAGAAUCGUUUGGGGAAUAGGAUUGAUGGUAGUUGGACAACCCAAGCAUACAAUAACAUGGUUCAAUUCCUUCAUAAUGCUGGUUAUGUUUAUGUUACUAAAGCUAAUGUAAAAAAUCGUCAAAAGGUAUUGAAAGACAGAUGGCGGGAGGCUCAUGACCUCUUUAGUGGAUUGAGUGGCUUUGCUUGGAAUAGUGUCACUAUGAGGUUUGAAGCUGAAGAUGAGGUUUGGGCUGACCUAAUUCAGGUAUUUGUUAAACAUUGA